AUGGAAACUUUACCGAAUGAAAAUGCUUCAUCCAGCCAGCAGAGAGGAAGAGGACGUCAAUCAAGAGGACGUCAAAUAUACCAACGUGGAAGAGUAACCACGAUGCGUAGGACGAAAGGAGCCGACGCUAUGGCUAUUCUCCAAGAGAAGAUUCGAGAGAAGAUGUACGUUGGAUCAAACGAGGAGGAUGCGCUUAGCCGCCUUAGCGAGCAACAAACCUUGAAGGCAAUUACAUUAUCGAUAACAACUAGAGGUAUCGGUUUUGGGAUCUGUCACUUGACAUUUAUAUCAAUUUCUUAUCAUGAAAAUAUCAGAGUCCCCAGUAUGUAUGCCAUGUACCGAGUAUUUCUCGGUUUGCUCGAGGCGAAGCUUGAGUCUAUAAAGGCUGACCUUCCAGUAGUUCCAAGACUCACCGAGCACAUCAAGCAACCUGGUGUAACUAGUGAUAUGUUACGAGCAGCGCAAAGUGUCACUAUUGUACCUGAGCCGAUUCGAAGAAUCAUAAAUGCUGUUGGAUACGUGAAGUAUGAGGAUAAGAUUUAUGUCCCUGCUGUUGCAUCUGACCCAAUCGACAGACAUGGUGUCAUAAUACCAAGACCAGAGAAUAUUCUUCUUAGUACUCUAAGGAGAACUGUUGAAUACCUAUCCAACCCCAACUCAUCUGCGGGCGUUCGACGCCGCUUUCAUGAGAAUUGCCCAAUACCAGGAGCGAUUUGGGCUGAUGAUAUCCUUCAAAAUCCAGAUGAAAUCAUGCCGCGGAAUUAUGAUAUGGUUGCUUUGUUAAGAUUUCUGAUGAUGUUUCUAACGAAAUUAAUCGCACAUUUGAUUUUACAGAAAGAUACAACAAGCGAUUCGUCACUGACUGAUAUUAGGCCGACGACAGAUGACGAUUUUGAUGACGAUAAUUUCAAACCCACAACGACGAGUAGCGGCGGUGGCAGCAAACUUUGA